AGUGGCUUUUGUGUACUGCAUCCAGCCAGCAGUGAUGUAGAAACGUAAACUUUUGCUUUCAUCUACUUGUUUUGAUGUUAAAUUGUUGUAUCAACAACUAACUUGUCGCGCUGUUCAGAGAGAGAUGUCAAAUUUGAUGUGUGAGCCCCCUCGUCGCAAGCCGAUGAGUGCUGCUUUGAACUGAAGUUAGUUCAUACCUCUUGGCUUGCUGAGCUUAAUCUGAAUGCAGAGACAUAAGGCCAACGACGAUGCAGAGCUUGGAGGAUGCUUGUGAGGAAGCUGAUAACUUGAUGAACUUGGCCAGAAAGCGGCCAACAUCAAUUCAAUUUCAACAGCAAAAAAACAGUCCUGGCUAUUUUUCUAUUCACAAUCGACUUAGGCGCCUAUAUUAUGAAGAGAGUGCCAAGAAAGAUACAUUACCACUGCAGGCCCUUAAAUCUACAUCACUUCUCCUUGAAAAGCUAGUAGCAAAGGACAAACUUAAUACUCUUAUUGUUAAUCUGUAUCCUGGUAACAAAGGUUAUUCCCUUGCAAUGCGGCAAUCUGGCCACAAUGACACUGUAGUUGAAACUGUAAGAUGGCCAUAUCAAAUGGACACUUUCUUAAGCUAUUUGGACAAUGGUGAACUACCUUUCAUGCUCACUGAUUUGUUAGAAGAGACCUGUCCAGAAGUAUUUUAUUCAGGAUGUAUUAUUGCUGAGGUUAGAGACUAUCGGCAAUCAUUUCCCAGCUUUUCAUGCAAUACUCAUCAUGUUUUACUGCAACCCACCACACAGAGUGUCAUUAGUGAUGUCAAUUUACUAGCAGCUCAGAGUGACCUGAGUAAUGAAGAAAAGCUCUUACUUGAGGCGGAGCUGGUGAGAGCUACUCAGGGCCCACUUUGUCUCGAUCCUAGGCCGUCUCUCGUUCUCCUUCACAGCGCAGCUCAGCAUCAAAGAAAUUUAUUGUCAACUGAACCAUUAAGAAGAUGUGCUCGUAAAUUUUCUCAGGUCUCUGUAAACCGGAAAAGAAAAUUGGACCAGUUCACCUCCCAUCCACAAUUAUCCAUAUUAGAUGCAAUCAACAGACACAGAGGGAAAAAUACUAAUAACACAACUGCUCAAGCGAGGUUACAUAAAAAGCACCUUGAGAGUAUUUCAUUGGAAGUGCCUAAAAUACCUUUAGAACUAAAGCUGCCACCUCUGUCACCCCCACCUGAAGGGGUUGAUGUUACUAAAUUUGCUCAAGAAGCUUCUUGGCCUAUUGAAACUGCUGAUUGCGCUCCUCAGCUAGUAGAAGAAUACGUCCUCGAGGCAGAUCGAGGGACAGGUCAAACUUAUCACAUUAAGAUCUCAUUAUUUCAAAGAAAAUCUAAUUUGGAAUUUAUUGGUGAAUUGUAUGUUGACAAAGAUUUCAAGGAGGGAGAGAGAAAUGGGCGCACCUGCCGGUUUCCAUUGGGAUCAAGACUACAAGCCACCCAUUAUAUUCAGCAAUUUAGUGAGAUAUUUACAGAGGAGGGCCGAAAAUCUGUUAAAAUAACUCAUUUGGUUCCUGGGCGCCAGCCUCGAGUAUCAUGCACAGCUGGCAUGAGGGAAAGAGAUGCAAAAGCUCAAGCACACGCAAAGGCUCUGGCCCGCAGUACUUUAGCAGCAGUUACUAGUACAACAAAUCCUCCCAAUGUUAGGAGCCCCACGGUCCCUUGCAAUCAAAUAAAUACUAGUGUAAAUAACCUUGUGAACAAUACUUCUGAAUUAGCUUCUGUCCCUAAUUCAAAUCCUAGUACAAAUUCAGUGAAUGCUACAAGCAAUGUGAACCUUGUCAAUGCUUUAACAUCGCCCCCAAUGUCCAAUAGUUUUACAAAUAUCUUGAACUCCACUUUGACUGGUGGAUUGUCUCCAGCUGUCAACAGUCCACAAACAGUGGUUCAGGUUCAGGCCCCUAUUGCGGAUAAUGCUCAGCCUCAACCACCUCAGGUGAAACAGGUCACUCCUCAACCGUCGUUACAGCUGCAACAACCUCAUCAAACGCCACCGCAGCCUCAACAGCAAACGCAACUAAGAUCUCAGUUAGAAACCCCAACAAAAGUCGGAGGCCGCACCAUCACAAAUCCUGCAAUCAGUGCCUUAGUUACCAGCCUUAUGAAUUCAGCCCAACAAUUCCAGCAGCAACAACAGCAGCAACAGCAGCAACAGCAACAACAGCAGCAACAGCAGCAACAGCAGCAGCAGCAGCAACAGCAACAACAGCAGCAUCAACAACAGCAGCAUCAACAACAGCAACUUCAACAGGCUGGUAUUAAAACUCCAGUCUUGGCAAAUGCAACCGGUGCAGUAAGCAAUGCUAAGGCUAGCCCUAAUACCCUUCUUGGUCUGCUGAAUAGUACUCCUAGUGCUACGGGUCCAAAACUUCGCAAGUUUACUUUAUCAAAUCUCCUCAACUCUAAAGUUUUGACUCCAACCCAGACUCAGCAUUUACAACAGCAGAUACUACAGCAACAGCAGCAACAGCAACAAAGAAUGUCACUCUCUACUCUUACUGCUCAACUAGCCUCACCACCUGCGAAUGAUGUCUCUGGAUCGCUUCUUCAACACUCUGCCCCUGCUUCACAGCAGCGAUUUUCCACUCCAAAUCGAAUUGGUUUGGUUCAACCUGUGACAGAGCAACCUGGACUGGCACCAGUGACGUCAAUGCUACCAAGCUUUGAAGUUGAGGUUCCAAAUACCUCAGGAAGUGGGACAGUAAAUGUGAAUGUAGCUGUUCCCCAGUUUGAUGGUUUAGAGAGAGAUAUGAGUAUUGGUACUCAAGUACCGGGUGGUAACACCAUCAGUGCUCAAGCAGUACCCAACUCAACUAUUUCAAUGUUUGACCUGAAUCCAAAUAAUUUUAGUGCUUCUGUGAAUAAUUUUAAUUCAACUGGUGGUACAAACUUUAAUAACAAUACCACAGUGAAUACACUUACAUCACCAAAUGCUUCAAGUACAUCAAACAACAAUGCAACUACUACUAGUACUACAAACUUUGAUCUGCAAAGUUUUGUUGAAAGUGCUCUUGUUUCUGAGGGAACUAGCAACCUAGUGCCAAAUUAUGAAAUUUCAGUUUCAAAUGCUGGUUCUAUUCCCAAUUUUGAAAUAAGGGUUCCUACCGCAGAAGAAUCAACUAAUGCAGUAACAAGUGACUUAUCAAAUCAAGUGGCUACCAACUUUGUUGCCAAUGCAACAAUUGAAACUGCAGCAGUGGAAGACUUUUUGUUAAAUCAGCAAACUGGUGCUGCACCUAGUUACCAGAUUUCAUUCCCUGAUUUGAACUCAUUUGAUGCUAGUAACAACACUCUAACAGUUCAAAAUAAUUUUGACUUUAGUAAUUCUCCUAACUUUACUACUGUCCCUGUUACUGCUAAAACUGUACCUGUUCCUCCUAGCACUGCUGUUGUAAGCAGUGCAAGUCCCAGUGGUUCUAAUUUGUUGGGUCGAAUAUUGGCAAGUAACACAGCCAGUGCAGCCAUCAGGCGGCUUUCUGCAAGUGCUUCUGUCUCAAGUGCAAGUAACAGUGACAGUACAUCCAACUCCCAUGGAAUGUCCGCCUUGUCAGCACUGUUGGCUGGAACUCCCUCGGCUGAUAACCCAAUGCCAGGCUCUUCAAGCUCACUUACAUGUUCAUCUCUACUGGAACGGCUGGCUGCCCCUUCGGCAGCAACGGCUGUUGUAGCUGGGUCGAUGGGGCAGGCAGCUCCUCCGCCUCUUCAGUUCGCUGUUCCGUCUCCAUCCAAGCCACCUGCAACCCCAAGUUUACCAACAAAUUCCCCCAUUGCUUCACCUGUUACUCCUAAGUCCCCUGCUGUGCCAGUAGCCUCACCACUCUCGAGUCCGCCUAGUCAACCUCAACUCAACAAUGUGGGGCAGCAGGGAUUAACUGUGUCAGGUGUUAAUCUGCAAGGUCUCAACCUAGCUAGUCUUCAAGGUGCUAUUGGAUCAAUUCCAGGACUCCAAAAUGUUCAGGUUUCUUUUCCUGGCCUUUCUACGCCAAUAUUGUCGUUGAGUGUUUCGAGUGCAACACCACACCUCGCCUCUGCUGCUGUGGUUUCGUCUGGUGGAGUGACAGGCACUGUUUGUGAUACUAAUGCUGUGUCUAGUGCUCCCCACACCAUGGUGCUAACAAAUUCAUCUCUCUCUAUGCCCGUUGCUCAACUUAUGACUAGCAAUGUGAAAACUGUUGGUGCGCGAGGACUAGCUGCAAACUCAAUUCAUCUUCAGCAGGGAUCUGGUCAGGCACUUCAGCUGACGCUUCAAAGGGCCAAGCCAGCACAAGCUCUGCAACCAGGCAAGACCAAUGUUCUGGCUGGCAGGCAGUUGCAGGCUACUGUCUUAAGUGGCCCUCAACGGAAGCUUCCAGUGUCGAAUACAGUGACAGCUAGCAUUCAAGGAGGCAAUCAAGUAAUAUUCACACAACCACAAGUGGUCACCUCUGUUGGAGCCACAGGUGCUGUAUGUGACGCCACUGCUGUGUCAAGUAGUCCGCAUACAAUGGUCCUGACAAGUCCCACCAUUUCUUUACCUGUCGCGCAACUUAUGACAGGAGGGCUGAAAGCUGUGAGUGGACAAGGUGGUCUUCGAGGAAUAACUGCCAACUCGAUCCAACUUCAACAGGGAUCUGGUCAGGCCAUUCAACUAGUUGGAACACUGCAAAGGGGAAAGAAUGUUCAAACCUUGCAAGCACAGACUGGCAAGACAAAUGUACUUGCUGGAAGACAAUUGCAGACUGCAGUCCUUAGUGCGCCACAACGUAAACUGCCUACAUCUAAUGCUGUGGCAACGGGAAUUCAAGGAGGUGCCAGUCAAGUGAUAUUUUCUCAACAACAGCUCCAUUUGCUUCAGAAGCAAGGGCAGUUUCAGCAACUCCAUGCAUUGCCACAGCAGCCUCAGCAAGCGCAGCAACUUCAGCAGAAACCAACUGUCAUAGCAGCCCAGUUAACUGCUAAACGGAGACGUUCUAGCACAGCUGAUGGUUCUGCCAAUAAGUAGUGGCAGCUUGAUGUGUGAAGUUAACACUGUGAAACGCAAUGUGCAAGUUUAUGAAAAGGGAAGAGGAAGAUCGCAUUAUUUUGCACAUCAGUUCCAGAUGCUUCAUGCUUACCUACUACAUUUUUCUAGUUACCAUCAUGAGACAGUCGUGUGCUGAGGAUGAUGCUUGUGGUUUAAUUGUUUAAGUUCAUUGGUUAGAGCAUCAACAAUAACCUGCUUGCUAUGUUCUUAAGAAUCUCUGAAAAUGUUAGUGGUCCCAUAAACCACUUUUGAAGACUGAAUUUUUAUCAAUAUUAGAAUUUUAUGGGAUUCUGAAUCAUCCAUAUUUCUACUCUUAUACAUAAAUCGUUUUAAAUAAAAUAAUUUUGCAGUUA